AUGAUCUCCGCGGUGUUUCAGUUUGAAAGCCUUCGCAACUCUCCCCACGGCUUUGUUGCGCUGAACAUUGGCUUCCAGAAGGUGGUCAUCUUCUUCCGCGCCGACACGGUGGAAAGUCUGGUGAGCAGCACGGUGAACAUCACCAAGAGUGAACACUACGACUACAUGCGGCCCUGGCUGGGCACCGGCCUGCUGACCAGCUCCGGCGACCACUGGCGGCGGCACCGGAAGGCGCUGACGCCCGCCUUUCACUUUAAGCUUCUGGAGUCAUUCGCCCCGGUGAUGAACUCCAAUGUGAAGGUUCUACUAGGUCGAGUGGAGAAACUGACGUCCUCGCCCAACAACAAGGAAGCGAUCGACAUUCGGGGCCUCAUCUGCGACAUGGCGCUGGACAUCAUCUGCGAGACGGCGAUGGGCACCAACGUGGGCGCCCAGUCGGAGAGUGAUGAUAAGGAGGCCUACCGGCGGCCAAUUGAAAUUGCCACCGAGCAGCUGGUGCGUCGUUUUGUGAAUCCCCUCUAUCGCAGUGACCUCCUCUACAGCCUGUCGGCUGAUGGCGCCGAGAAUCGACGUGUGAUGGGCAAGAUUCACCACUUUGUGAAGAGGGUGAUCAAAGAGCGAAAGGAGUUUCUUCAGAGCAAACUUCAAGCUGAAGAAGAAAAUCAGCGCGAGAGUAGAGGAGGAGGAGCCCCCGAAGAGGAGCCCUUGGUCAAGGAGAAGCACCCCUUUCUUGAUUCACUGCUGCUGACGCACUUCAAGAAUCCGCUUGAGUUUACGGAAACGGAUAUUCUUGACGAAGUCAACACCUUCAUGGUCGCCGGUCAUGAUACCACAGCUGAAGGCAUCAUUUGGACAAUGCUUCUGAUAGGCAACGACAGUCGAGUUCAGGCAGCCAUUGCCGCCGAGUUGGAGCAAGUGUUUGCCGGAGAAGAGGAUGACUGCGAAAUAACCACCGAGCACUGCCGCCAGAUGAAGUACCUUGAAAUGGCAAUCAAGGAAGCCUUGAGAAUCUUUCCAUCAGUCCCAUCGGCAGCACGGAAAGUAGAUCAAGACUUUACCGUGAAUGGACACGUCAUUCCAGCCGGCUGUACUGCAAUCAUCUUCAUUCAUCUCCUUCAUAAAGACCCAAAGUACUUUCCUAAACCCGAGCAGUACAUCCCAGAACGGUUUCUGGCUGAUUCAGACGUUUACAAGGUUCCCUAUGCUUACAUGCCCUUCAGCGCUGGAGCUAGAAACUGCGUUGGUCAAAAAUUUGCAAUGCUUGAGAUGAAGAUUACACUGGCUUCAAUUUUCAGAAAAUACACCGUUAAGGCAACUACCCAUCGAGAAGAAGUAAAAGGUCUGUGA